AUGCCGUCCGCCAAAGAGCCAAGCAGUGGCGUCAAGGUAUUGAUGCUUCAUGGCUAUACUCAGAACGGGACCCUGUUCCAUGCCAAAACAAGAGCAAUGGAAAAGCAUUUGCAGAAAGUAUUUCCGGGCAUUUCAUUAACCUACCCUACCGGUCCUCUGCAACUCAAACCAAGCGACGUUCCGGGCUUUGACCUAAGUUCAAGUGAAGAUCCGGACAGUAUAGAAGCUUAUGGCUGGUGGCGGCGGUCAGACACUUCCGAUCCACCCGAAUAUGUCGGUCUGGAGGAAGGGUUAGAGACUAUCGCCAAAGUUCUCGAGUCAGAAGGGCCGUUCGAUGGUGUCAUCGGAUUCUCGCAGGGAGCAUGCCUAGCCGCCAUGGUCGCUUCGCUACUGGAGGGAGACUCCAGGAAACAAGCGUUCGAAAAAGCACGAGAGAGAUCCACACUAGCGAUCCCAUAUCCGGCAUCCUUUGAGAGACUCAGUCACCCGCCACUCAAAUUUUGUGCCGCGUACUGUGGCUUUCGGGCGCCUGGUGAGAGAUAUCGCGGUUUCUACGAGGAGCCCCAUAUCCAGACCCCAGUCUGUCACGUCAUCGGCAGUCUCGAUAGUGUCGUCGAAGAGUCGAGAACACAAGCACUGAUCGAUGCUACUGGCGGUGCAGAGAAGACACAGGUCGUGGCACAUCCUGGCGGACACUUUGUGCCGAGCGGGAAGCAAUAUCUAGACAUGAUUGCAGGGUUUAUCAAGCAGACCAUGUCAUCACAUGGAGAGGCCAGCGGAACGGAGGAGAAGGCGGAAGAUAUGGAUACCGGUCUAGAAUACCUAGAUGCGCCGCGCCAGAGCCUUGCAAUCCUGUACCUCGUACCCGUGACUGUGCUGGUUCUCGCAGUUGAUCUCCUAAACCCAACGCCUCAGGCUGAGGCCCGCAAACACAAGCUCAAGACCCUCGUCCCAGCUCCGCGAUCAUUCUUCAUGGACGUCAAGUGCCCCGGCUGCUUCACAAUCACCACCGUUUUCUCCCACGCCCAAACCGUUGUCAUCUGCGCAGGCUGCUCAACUGUGCUUUGCCAACCUACCGGUGGCAAAGCCCGACUCACAGAGGGCUGCUCUUUCCGAAGAAAGUAA